GACAGAAUAGAAUGGAUCGCUUUAUACCGUCUCUGUAAGAGGAUUACUUUGUCGAGUCUCUUUCAAGUGGAAUAUUUUCUUUGGAAAACAGGCCCAGAGAAUUUCUUUUCAUUUUUGCAAGAUCCCGAACGAUGAUGCUUUGCGCAUGUCAACAUCAAUUAGUUUCAGACAGUCAAACGACGAGAGAUGAUGUCAAACUGGAAUUUAGUUUUGAUCGGUGUGCUUCAGCCAUUGGUCGCGGUAUGCAGUGACCCGAUGUACGUGUGGCCUCUUGCAAAUGUGUCUCUGUACCGUGACGUCAUAGGAUCACAAGACGUAAUUCACGACGAAGACCAAAAGUGUUUCUCAUUCGUAGAUGGCCCAAAAGGUUUACCGUACUCUGUUCUUGAUAUUGAGGAUGAAGAUAACUCCUGCUUUGACGUGAAUCUUAAAGGAACAGCACCACUUCGGGAUCUUACGAUAUCAAUGUAUGUUUUUCCGCAUAAUGACGAAGCUGACAUUAGCGGAACAUUAAUACAUUACCAGUCUGAAGACCGCGAAAUCUUGCGAAUCCGAACGCUAGCCAACACGUUCCUCGUCUCUUUCCGAGACGAAUAUGGCAUGAGCGCAGGGAUGAUGUACCUCGUGAACUUUCUCACACCCAGAGUAUGGAACCACGUGACAGUAUCACGAAAAUUUCCAACCGGACGAAUAAUUGUGUACAAAGAUGGUGUAGAAAUGUACAAUGAAGAUGAUGAAUUUUCAGACGUCAUCAGUUUCCCGCAUACCGGAAAACUCCGAAUUGGCAAAUCACAAGAUCCCGACGACGAAGCUUUAUACAAUGGACAGUUUGCAUGUGUUCAACUGUAUGACAAAGUGAUCAGCGAAAACAAUCAGGAGGAUAUUCUUAAUCGCUGUAAACCUGAGAACUGGAAGACGCAGGAUGACUACUACUUCGAAGUUAACGAUGGUCAAUGGUGUCUGGCAGAUCGUCCGUCCUCAGACGAUGGUUCCUUGGUAACCUUGACAGUUUUGUCACGUGGUUCACUAUGGCAACAGUUUCUCCUGCAGAACAGUCUUCAGGACAGUGGACGGAAUAGCGGUUACCUUAAACUCAUGUCACGUGAUAAAAGACCGUCACUUAAUGACGAUUUGAUUGGACAGUUUAAUGUUACAGAAACAAAAGUAUGUACCCGGCUUUGUAUGCGUGUUGAUGGUUGCGUGUCAGUGCUUGUUGGUGCGCCAGGCACAAAAGGGGUCCAAACAUGCGCUAUUUAUGAUGACACCCCGGUAACAUUCGUAGACAGCCCGGGCUCGAAGUUUUACAUUCUUGCUGACUAACAGCUGAAAGUGAUCAAGUAUUUAAAUCAAAACUGUAACAAUUAAAGAGAAUACACUUGGAACAACACUAGGCUGAUGUUGAAGCUAACUAAUGUUUCAAUAAAAAUUCGAACUUAUUUGAUAACAAACGUAGCAAAUUAGUCUAUGCAUUAUCAUUAUAAUAUGCAUUUAUCACUUAACUAUGCAAUAUCAAAUGUGCAAUAUUGGACAUUAUAAAAGACAUAGCUGCAUAUCACAUGAACAGACUUGGCCAACAUCAAACUCACUGUUCCCAUAGUAGUAUACCAGGAACGAAACAAUACUGGGUCGAAGCAUUUCAUUUGGUUAACAAGAGCACCGCAAUGCAGAGCAAU